AAAGAGUAUAGCCAUAAAAGUCACCCAAAAUUCGGGCAGCAGACGGUCGAUCCACUGACUUUUGGGGGUCCACUUUGCAUAUGCCAAAAACCAAUGAUGAUCCCCAAAAAAAAUACGCUGGCCAGUGUAUCCAGUUACUUGUUUGACACCUGGCCUCACCUGGACUGGACUCUGAUCCCCUUCCCCCAAGUGCCAGGCAACUGCCGAAAAAGAUCAGAGGCCACCUAAGAGAGGACUCUGAUCUUGAUCCAGAUCCUGAAGCGGGCCACGCGUGCGCCGGAUCCAAUUACCAAAGAAAGAAUCGAUUGGAGAGUAUCUUUUGGGGCCAAGGACCUCCUGCCAGGAUAUGGAAGAGCAGCAGCUUGGUCAUCACUCAGGGUGGUCCAUUCGGAUGCUGUCAAGGCUCAAGAUUAAAGAUUCAUGCCACUAGCAUCUAUGAAUAAAACAAGUCCAUUGCCCAAGAAUCUCCCCAAAUACUUUGUGGAUAGCGAGUACUGCAAGAUGCCUUAUGUAGACCCUUUCAGCUCCGAUAUUAUGUCGAGCUUUAAAAAGAAAAAGUUCAAGCUCUGCCACAAGGAUCAUGAUCUAAUAACCCCCGAGUUUGAUGAGAAACUUAAGCUCUAUCGGCUGCACAUUCACAAGCAUUUGGUUAAGAAAUUGCUGAAAAGAAACGAGGACAGUGCCACUCUGGAGUGUUAUUACCACAAGAUCACUAGGAGUCUGAAAUACAUGUGGCCAGAUGAUACUUAUGGACUUUCAGAUCGCAGGCCAGUUCCUCACCACUUGGUACUCCCCAGGGACGUUAAUUUCAUAACCACAGGAUGCUCCGUCCAGAAUAAGAGCAAAGUGGAAAGGGAAAUACAAACGGAUGGCUUGGCUUUCAUACAAGAUCGGUUGACAGACAAGGAAGUGAAGCUCAACCGCAAGAACAUGAGCCCCGAAAAAGAGCAAGUGCCCAAGCCCAGUGUGAUUAUCAUGGGACUGGACUCCACUUCCCGAAUGAACUUCCAACGCACCAUGCCCAAAGUCCUGAAAUAUGUGCGCCAAGACGGGUGGUUCGAGAUGCAAGGAUACAACAAAGUGGGCGACAAUACCCUGCCCAAUCUGUUGGCAGUGCUCGCAGGCACAUCCAGAGAGAGGGCCGACAAGUCCUGCAACCUCAGAAGCAGAGACUGCCUGGACAAAGUAAAUUUCAUCUGGAAGAGGUACAAGAAGAACAAGUACACCACAGCCUUUGCGGAGGAUUGCGAGGCCAUGAGUACUUUCAACUACAUGCUACCCGGAUUCGUUCAUCAGCCUGUCGAUUACUAUUUGAGGCCUUUCCUACUAGCCGCCGAGGAGAAGUUCCAUAUAAACAGCUAUCUGGGCAGGGCCUACUGUGUUGGCCGCCACCUGAGCUUCAGAUAUGUUUGGGAUUUUGGCCAACUGUUCAUCCAGAGAUUCCUCCAGAAGUCCCCCAUCUUUGGCAUGCUCUGGAGCAAUAGUUUUACUCACGAUGUCUUCACGGGAGCCACUGCCUUGGACGACUUGUUAAAACAGUACAUGGAUAACUUCCAGCAAAUGGGACUCUUCAAUCGAUCGGUGGUUAUAUUCAUGAGCGAUCACGGCUACCGAUACAACACUCUCAGGGAUAAAAAAUCGGGAUUUCUGGAAGAACGCCUGCCUAUGGUAUUCAUUUAUGUGCCACCCUGGUUCAGGGAAAAAUAUCCUCAAUUCGUGGAGAAUCUUAAGAACAACAAGAAUCGCCUGUCCUCCAACUACGACCUGCAUAUGACGCUGCAUCAUUUGCUCCAGCUAAACUCCACCUCCAUGGCGGAUUUCGAUCGCAAACUCCAGCCGGUUGAGUGCCACAACUGCCAGUCUUUGUUUUUCGAACUUCCCUUCAAUCGGAGCUGUCGGGAAGCUGGCAUUAGUGACAAGUGGUGUACUUGCCAGCCCUCGGAGGAGAUCAGAAACCCCAAAGACGUCUCUGAUAUUUGCGAGGCUAUAGUGGAGCGCUUAAACCAGCACUUGUUGGAAAAACACCUUUCGAAUAUGUGUCAUGAGUUUCGUUUGGGGAACAUUCGAAGUGCCCAUCGAAGGUCCAUCUUGUCAACUCCCGAAUCCCCCGCCGACAAGGACGAACACAUCUACACCAUUGAGUUCUGGACUCUGCCAAGAGGAUUGUUUGAGGCAACUGUCCGAUGGAAUAGAAGGAUCAAGGAGCUCACCAUGAAUGUGGAACAGUUGAGUCGAUUGAAUCGCUACGACAAAGAUGCCAAGUGCAUGAAGGUGGCGCACAUGAAGAAGUAUUGUAUUUGUCGAGAUGCCUUGUGAUAUAAAAUAUAAUGAAAAAUAUUCUUAA